CUUGACUGUCAACUAGAUUGCGUUAUUGAAUUACCCGAUAAUGUAGAUGAUAUAAAGAUUAUUUUGUUACGUGUCUCUCACAUAAGAUAUAUUUCACUGGGAUAGUUCAGACACUAUAAAAACCGUUAAGAAUGCCUGGGAGUAAUUAUGAUCAGCUCGUGGUGUUUAUUCAGUUCAUUUGUCCACAGCCAUUACGUCGACUUCUUUAUAGUCUAGCCAGUGCAACAGUGACACCGGGUAAACAUUUUGAUUUUGACAGUUUCCUUCGUUCCGAAAAGACCUCGCUUGACAAUCUGGUAAAAAGGGACAAAAUAAGUCAGAGUCAGUACCAUCGUAUAUAUCAUAUUGGCGGGAAAUCAAAUAUAAACGACUUGGAUGUACAUUCGCUAGUCGUGCUUCUGCAAUAUCUGUUUCAAGGAGUAUUGUCUGAAGACCAAACCCAUGCGAUAAGCUGUAUACAGAGAAGAUACUAUUUACUUCUUAUAUUGUCAAUAACUGCAACAGAUUCAGUACCAAGCAAUGUAUUUGAAAGUAUGUGGACAGAGCUAGAGGAAGCUACGUUAACACUUGCAGACAAAGAAGACGAGACAGCUGGUGACUUCUACACCGAACUUAGUGAGCUUAUCAAACAAGCGAAGUACAAUUCUUUGCCAAACGCACCAAGUUACAUCAAAGCCUGGUAUAUAGAAGUAUCAGCAAUGCAGGGACAAACAGACAAUGAAGAAAGUCAAUGUUUUCAAUGCAAAUUAGGGGAAAAAGCAACAGUCACAGAAGAAGAACAUAUCGACCAUUCCCAUGAAAUAUUAGGAGCAGAUAAAACCGCUUAA